CAUUUUCUCAAAAAUUUCAUAAACUGCCGUGUCAGUCUUUUCUUUCAUCUCUAUUGAUCUGCAGAUUUUAUUUUUUUCAUCUCUCUCGAAUAUAAGGUUGAUAUUUAGUGAUGGCUGACAGUCACGAUAAUGAUAAGAAUAUCGAGAUAUGGAAGAUCAAGAAACUUAUAAAGGCACUCGAAGCUGCUCGAGGCAAUGGUACCAGCAUGAUUUCUCUAAUCAUGCCUCCACGGGAUCAAGUAUCUAGGGUCACUAAGAUGCUUGGAGAUGAGUUUGGAACUGCGUCAAACAUCAAAAGUAGAGUGAAUCGUCAAUCUGUGCUGGGUGCAAUCACAUCUGCUCAGCAGAGACUUAAACUCUACAAUAAGGUUCCACCAAACGGGCUUGUGCUUUAUACCGGAACAAUCAUAACUGAAGAUGGGAAAGAGAAGAAGGUUACAAUUGAUUUUGAGCCCUUCAGGCCCAUUAACGCUUCUCUAUAUCUUUGUGAUAACAAGUUCCAUACAGAAGCCCUGAAUGAACUUCUAGAAUCCGAUGACAAGUUCGGGUUUAUUGUGAUGGAUGGGAAUGGGACACUUUUUGGGACAUUGAGUGGCAAUACCAGGGAGGUCCUUCACAAGUUUAGUGUUGAUCUGCCCAAAAAACAUGGAAGAGGAGGUCAGUCUGCACUGCGUUUUGCUCGUCUUCGGAUGGAGAAACGUCACAACUACGUGAGAAAAACAGCCGAGCUUGCAACCCAAUUUUAUAUUAAUCCUGCUACCAGCCAGCCCAAUGUUUCAGGCUUGAUAUUAGCUGGAUCAGCUGACUUUAAGACGGAGCUUAGCCAGUCUGAUAUGUUUGAUCCUCGUCUUCAGGCAAAGAUUUUAAAUGUGGUCGAUGUUUCGUAUGGAGGGGAGAACGGUUUCAAUCAAGCAAUUGAGCUAUCUGCCGAGGUCUUGGCAAAUGUGAAAUUUAUACAAGAGAAGAAAUUGAUAGGUAAGUAUUUUGAGGAGAUCAGUCAGGACACCGGGAAGUAUGUUUUUGGGGUUGAUGAUACCUUGAAGGUUCUGGAAAUGGGUGCUAUUGAGACCCUAAUUGUGUGGGAAAAUCUAGACAUUAAUAGGUACGUGCUGAAAAAUAACACCUCCGGAGAAACAAUCAUUAAGCACUUGAACAAGGAGCAAGACACUGUCCAAAGUAACUUCCGUGAUCCUGAUACAAAUGCUGAAUUAGAAGUUCAGGAUAAAUUGUCACUACUUGAGUGGUUUGCGAAUGAGUACAGGAAAUUUGGUUGUAGUUUGGAGUUUGUUACCAAUAAAUCACAGGAAGGAUCUCAGUUUUGCCGUGGUUUUGGUGGCAUUGGAGGAAUUCUCCGUUACCAGCUUGAUGUUAGAGCUUUUGAUGAACUUUCUGAUGAUGGUGAAGUUUACGAAGAUUCUGAAUAGCAAUUAAGUAACUUCACAAAUACCAGUGCAGGAGUGGAGCAGGAAGCCUGUACUGGUGUGCGAGGGCUCUCGCCUUACUCAGCUGCUCCUGUGCUUAACAAAAAAUUACUCGGAGAUCUUCAGAUUGAUGACCUGCAUGAAGUAAAGUAUCCAGUAAUUUCUUCGAGCUUGUCUGUGCUUUAUGAAGAUCACUUCUAUUUCAUAAAUUCUGUUCCCAGAGUCGAGCAGGAAGGUUGCGUUGGUGAGCGAGGGCUCGCCCCUGAUUUGGCCACUCAUGUGGUUAGCAAUAAAUCACUGAAAACUCUUCAUCAGGUCAGUUUGCAGAGACAGAGUCUUUUCAUUGAAUGUAAAGUUGCAAUUGACUUGGCACUUAGCGAUGGAUGAUGACCUGCGUGAAGAAAUGAAAUUGCUAGUAAUUUCUUUGCAUUUGUCUAAGGUAUCAGAUUGUCUGAAGUAGCGCGGCUGCAGUGUAGCAGCUAUGCAAGAACUUAAUCUGCAUUUCGUUGUAGUUGACAGGGAGCAGAGAGCUAUACGUAUGCUAUGCUCUCCGCGGAGGGUGAAAUGCCAGAGUUACAAUCAUAUUAUCUACUACCAAGUUAGUACCCUAAGUACUAUUAGUAUCAUAUUAUCAGUGUGAUUUUGCUCAAACCAGUACUGUGUAAUGAAAUGACUAUGUAAUGUUGCGGGAUUUAUAUGAUUAGUAUGUCGUGUGAUCGACCUA